AUCUCGCCGGUUCCCGCGCGAUCUGUAACGAAAUUUAAAUGGUACUUUUAAAAAACGUAGUCUUUGUCGUAGCGCGUUUAAAAAUUUAUAACAUUGUUCCGAGUUUGAAAACUUUAGCUGUGAAGUGAUUUCGACGGUCUUUUGUAUUUCCUACUUUUGUGUUCGCGAAGUGUAUUGUUUUUUUUUAAGUGUUGCUAAGUGUUACGAAAAAUUAAACGGGACUCGGAGUGAUUAAUUUGCUGAGUUGCGAAGUUGAAAACAGUUUUGCGGCUAUUCAAUAUUAUAUUUUUGUAUUAAGGACUGCUAUUGUGCGGCAUCUUUAUUUCUAAAAGUGAUAAGAACCAAGAACGAUGUACCCUUACCCUGGGGGCCUGUGAAAGCGAUGGCGCGUACUACAGCCGCCUGCCUCUUUACGGUCCAUUUUCUCUCGUGCAUUAUUGUAUGUCGACAAGACAGCGGAAAUAAUCGGCCACGAGACCAGAGCACAGUCUCCGAGUCGUCUCGUCGGUUUCGAACGGAGUUCUUGGAAGACUGGCCUCAAGCCCCCGGUUCACCAUACUUUGACCCCAGCACACAGGACAACGUAACCGGCUUAGUAGGACAUCCGGUCACUUUACUAUGCAAAGUGAAGAAUUUACAAAAUAGAACUGUGUCAUGGGUACGUCAUAGAGACAUCCAUUUAUUGACCGUUGGACGCUACACGUAUACUUCAGAUCAACGCUUCGAAGCGCAACACAAGCCGAGGUCUGAAGAGUGGGCGUUACGUAUACGAAGCCCACAGCGAAGAGACUCUGGACAAUACGAGUGCCAAAUAUCAACAACACCACCGAUUGGGCAUGCGGUGUAUCUCAAUAUAGUGGAACCAGAAACAGAAAUAAUGGGUGGUCCAGAUUUGUUUAUCUACGCUGGCUCUACAAUAAACUUAACGUGCAUAGUGAGGCAUACGCCAGAACCUCCAAGCACCAUCAAUUGGACACAUAGAGGAAAGACGAUAAACUUCGACUCAACACGCGGUGGUAUAUCACUUGUCACCGAAAAAGGGAUCCAUAGUAGCAGUAGGCUUCUCGUGCAAGCGGCGCGCACAUCAGAUGCUGGAUCCUAUCAGUGCGUCCCAGAUAAUGCUCAAUCAGCUACAGCACGAGUUCAUGUGCUUACUGGUGAAACUCCAGCUGCGAUGCAAGGAAAAGCACAUUGUACGAGAGACCUUGGACUUCCCGCAAUUUUGUGUGUUGCUAUUGUAAUAUUAUACAUAGCCGUUAUCGUGAUAUAAAACAUAUUAUAGUUUAUUUGUGCUCUUAAGUGAUAUAUAGACGAUGUGGCGUAAGCGUUG